AGAGAGACUAACCUUCCUUUAUUUUAGUAGCAUUUGGUAAAUAAUGAGGCAUAAUAAGCUUGCAAAUCCAUCCCUAGAAGUUCUUAGAAUAAAGGCUGAGCAUCCUGAUGAUUACCAAGCCAUUUUAAAUGAUAGGGUGAAGGGGCAAUUGAAAGUCACCAGAGCAUUUGGCGCUGGUUUCUUAAAGAAGCCAAGUUGUAAUGAAGCUCUGCUAGAGGCGUUUCGUAUCAAUUAUGUGGGCAGUGCUCCUUAUGUUAGCUGCAUCCCUUCUGUUCAUCACCACCGGCUCUCCUCAAGUGACCGAUUCUUGGUACUAUCAUCUGAUGGGCUUUACCAGUACUUCAGCAAUGAAGAGGUUGUUGCCCAUGUUACAUGGUUCAUGGAAAAUGUUCCUGAAGGUGAUCCUGCACAGUACCUCAUUGCAGAGCUUCUGUUCCGCGCUGCCAAAAAGAAUGGAAUGGAUUUUCAUGAACUCCUUGAUAUUCCUCAUGGAGAUCGACGUAAAUAUCAUGAUGAUGUUUCUGUUAUGGUGGUUUCAUUGGAGGGAAGGAUUUGGCGAUCUUCCGGAUAAAUUUCCUUCUUUUUUGAUUUUUUUUUUUUUCAAAUAUUUGCAUCCUGCUUCAACAAUGUAACCAUUUUCAAGCAAGGGGCAAAAUCCAUUUAUGCAAUUUCAGUCAAUUCUUGCUCUCUGAAGACUGCUACUUCAUUUGCUUAGUUUUAGUCCGAAAUUCCUGUUCAAAAUCCAUCAAAAACUGUUAACUAUUAAUUCCCCCUCCUUAUAUACUAGCCAUACACUUCCAUUUUCCUCCACCAAACCAACUAGAGUCCCUCCUUUGAGUUUCCUCCAUCACCAAUCAACCAUGGCUCUCAAAGUUUUCACUUAUCUGUUUAUCUUCAUUGCAAUCUCCAGCUUAGUUGCUUCCGACCCCGAUUCACUUCAAGAUCUCUGCGUUGCAGACAAAUCUUCAGGCAUGAAAAUGUUAA